GUCGCCAUGCCUUCAUCGCGAAGCAACGCCGGCGCGCGCGCCGUGGCCAAGCAGCUCAAGGUGCUGGUGCCUCCGUCCUUCCACAAGAUGCGCAUUUCCGACGAGCUCGCCGGGUGCUUCGACGCCGGCGGCGGCGUGGGCGAAGGGGCGCCGGGGGGGACGGCCCUCGUGGUCAGCCCGUUCGGCAAGGUGUGGCGCGUGGAGGUCGGCCGCGACGGCGACGGCGCGUUCCUGGGCCGCGGGUGGGCGGGAUUCUUGGCGGCGCACGGCGUCGGCGUCGGAUGGUUCGUCGUGCUCCGCCACGAGGGCGGCGGCGCGCUCACCUUCAAGGCGUUCGACACCAGCUUUUGCAUCAAGGAGUUCGCCGCUCCAGCUGCAGUUAUGGCAUCCAGAAGCAGGAAAGGGGUUUCUUGUAAGCCACAGUUCAUCAGGAUUAUUUACCCCAAUUUCACAGAGAAGAUGAUAAUCCCUGCUAGGUUUGUGAAACGUUAUGUCACUGAAGAGUACCUGAACAGCCGAACAGCUGUCAUUUUCAGCCCCCUUGGCAAAUUUUGGCAGAUUGAACUUGAGAACGAUCAAUCAGGAAUGUUCUUCGCAGGUGGCUGGUCACAGUUUCUGGAGUUUCAUGGAAUAUCCAAAGGUGACAUUUUGCUCUUGAGAUAUGAAGGGAACAUGGUUUUCAAAUUCAAAGCAUUCGGGCUCAGUGGAUGCCAGAAAGAUUUCAAGAACAAGGAUGCUGGAAUUAACCAAAAUAUUGAAAUGCAACAAGAAUCACCUUCUCCCAUCAGGAAACGUAAAGACAAUGAUGAGAAAUCAAGCAGUGAAAAAAACAAGACGCCAAAAAGUUCAGUGACUUUCUUGAACGCGAAACCGUCACUGAAGAAACCUGACUAUCAGAUUGAACCAUCAUCUUGGAUAAGGAAAGAGAUCACCACCUCCAUGCUAGAGUGCCUUCUAUCAUUGCCGAUGAAGUUCUGCCGCAGGAUUGGGUUCCAGAAUACUUGCACAAUCACACUAAAGACGGAAAUGGACAGCACCAGGUCAUGGAAGGUUCAUGGAGUCGCAUACAAGAAUUACUGCUGCAUUCGAGGAGAUGGCUGGAAGAGCUUCUGCCACGAGAACAGGCUCAAGACAGGCGACCUGUGCACCUUCAACAUCAUCGAGACCACGCUGUGGCAUGUAGAGAUCAUACGCCACUAAGCUACGGCUAGAUAGUAUGUCAGCGACCGUGUCACUUGGUGUUACUCUUCUUAUUAUGGAAGGUGCAAGUUUGUCAUCAGCAAAUUGGCUUGGCCUGUUGAGUGAUUGGCUUCAACACUUCUGUC